AUGCUGCCACUGAGGAGGCUUGACUUGUGCCCUGUUCUCCGUCCCGCCUGCACCCUCUCGCCAUGGAUCAAAAUCAGACCGCAUUGUCGUCCUUAUAGCGGCAGCUCCACAACGGCAGGCGACGGCCGUGUCGUGCAGUCCGUCGCCGUGGUCGACACUGCAGACCUGGACGUGGAAAUGUUUCGAGAGCGGGCGUUUCGAAAGGAGCGGCCGCUUGUCAUCAAGGCCAGCAACAGCAGCCACCGCAACACGCGACGACUGCUGCCGGCGACUCGCCGCUGGUUCAAAGGCGAAGCCGGCCCGUCUCUGCGGCUGGCACCGUAUCUCGAGCAGUUUGCCAUGACACAGCUGCCGUACGAGCUGAUGUACCCGCCACAUCCUGGAGGAAGGCAAGCUCUCGCCAAUUUCCAUGCAUGGCUUGCCUCGGGCGAAUCGGCAGCUUCAGAGACAUCGUCGACGACGACGACGACAAAAUUUGUUCGUGCUGGCUUGGCCGAGCUUCUGACGCACUACGUCGCGGCCCUUCCGGCCCAUGACGGCGACGUGCCGCGACUCAUCCGACUGAAGGCACCGCUCGCCCUGUUUUUGGCGGCCGUCGAAUACAACUACAGCAGCUUGGGGCCGUCCUCGUGCUCGAUGGCAUCCUCGACGGGGUCAUUGUCAUCCCACAGGACACUCACGCAGCUGUACAUUGCCCAGGCAUCGCUCGCCGAACUGCCGCCCUCGCUGCGGGACGACGUUCCGGCGCCCGACCUCGUGCAGCACGCCGGCCGUGGCGAUGUCUACGACGCCAGCCUGUGGUGGGGCCUCGAGCCCACCUAUACGCCCUGGCACCGCGACCCCAACCCGAACUUGUUUUGCCAGCUUGCCAGCAGCAAGACGGUGCGCCUGAUGGCACCGGCCGGCGGUGAGGGCAUCUUUCGGGCCGUGCAGACGGAGCUGAUCAAGAGGCGGCAGACGUCGGCGCACCGCGUGUCGUCGCGCAUCCGGGGCGAGGAGAUGAUGCAAGGGCCGGAGCGGGAGCUGCUGCACGCUGUCGUGUGGGGAGAGGACGGGGCACGCGGCGCUGGGACGAUGCACGAGGCGCAGCUGGACGCGGGCGACAUGCUGUUUAUCCCCAAAGGAUGGUGGCAUAGCGUGCAGAGCGCGCACGGCGAUGGGCGGCUCAACUCUUCAGUCAACUGGUGGUUUCGAUGA